GUUCCAGCUCGGCGCUGUUAGCUUUAGCCUCCGGUGCUUGUCGUCAUGUCGAGCCGUAAACCGCGUCCUCCGAGCGGCCGCAGCGCGGACAAAUACUCGGUGCUUUUACCCACGUACAACGAGCGGGAGAACCUGCCUCUGAUCGUGUGGCUCCUGGUCAAAUACUUCGGGGAAAGCGGGUACGAGUACGAGAUCAUCGUGAUCGACGACGGGAGCCCGGACGGGACGCUGGACGUGGCCCAGCAGCUGCAGAACAUCUACGGAGAAGACAAGAUCCUUCUUCGUCCUCGAGCAAAAAAACUGGGACUGGGGACGGCGUACAUCCACGGAAUCAAACACGCCACCGGAAACUUCAUCUUCAUCAUGGACGCCGACCUGUCGCACCACCCUAAAUUCAUCCCAGAAUUCAUCAGGUUGCAGAAAGAGGGAGAUUUGGACCUGGUCUCUGGGACCAGAUACAAAGGAAACGGAGGAGUUUACGGCUGGGACCUGAGGAGGAAACUGAUCAGUCGAGGAGCAAACUUCCUGACGCAGGUUUUGUUGAGACCCGGAGCCUCGGACCUGACGGGCAGCUUCAGGUUGUAUAAGAAGCAGGUCCUGGAGAAGCUGGUGGAACGUUGUGUUUCUAAAGGCUACGUGUUUCAGAUGGAGAUGAUCGUCAGGGCGAGACAGCUGCACUACACCAUAGGAGAGGUGCCGAUCUCGUUUGUGGACAGAGUUUACGGAGAAUCAAAACUCGGAGGAAAUGAGAUCGUGUCGUUUGCGAAGGGGCUGCUCACCCUGUUCGCCACGACGUGACCCCGCACCUGUCACGUGACCCCCGCACCUGUCACGUGACCUGCAGGGGCAGGUGCAGGGGCAGGUGCAGGGGCAGGUGCAGACCCUGACGCAGUGAAAGAUCCGCUUCUUUUUUCUGUGGCGCCGCUGGAAAAACACAAAGAGAAAAAACCCAGAAGAUUUGUUCAAACUUUUUUCAGUGUCGACGUCUCUGCAGGCGCAGAGACCAAGACCUGGUUUAGACCUGGUUUAGUCCUGGUUUAGAUCUGGUUUAGACCUGGUUUAGUCCUGGUUUAGACCUGGUUUAGUCCUGGUUUAGAUCUGGUUUAGACCUGGUUUAGACCUGGUUUAGUCCUGGUUUAGUCCUGGUUUAGUCCUGGUUUAGU